UCACGUUGCAUGGGUGACAUCACUGGCUUUUGGCUCAGCGCUCUGUAUUCUCUGUCUGUAGGCUUUAGCCAAGGCUGCAGGGCUCGGUGUUUGAACAAGGAAAGAUUCCCAGGUGUACGGAAGAUUGGAUUCUCUCUUAUUUGGGUUAAAAACGGUGAAAUGAGAUUUCUAAAGCUUGGGGACUCCAGCUCGCCUUCUGUUGCACUUGAUCUCUACAAGAUGGGUGAGUUAUUCCCAUUAGAGAGAAAGGGAGUGGAAAUUUAAGGAGAAAAAAAAAAUAUGUCUGAAUAUAUAACUGCUGAUGCUGGGGAUACGAUUCGUAUGAAGCUGCUGAGCUAAAAAUCUCAGCUCCGACGUGGAGAUCGGGCCAUAUGGCAGAGAAAUGGUGCAGACUGAAAGCUGUUGACAACAGUUAGGGGCUGCUUUUCUCUCCCGGUGUAAGGUGUGUAGUCCCCCCCGACCCCCCCCCCCCGACCCCCCCCGGUUUGUUUUGGUGUGAUUUCCCCCGACCUCCCUCCCCUCCCUGUUCCUCGGCAUCCUUUCAGCCAGCCGUAGCCCUGCCUGCCUGCCUUCAUCUUGCAGAUGGCUAACGUGCCGCCGUGUUAGGAUAACUGUGCACAACACCACAUCCCAACGCCGGGGACGAAGGAAGAUUUUCUGAUAGCGGCGGAAGGGGGGAGGUGGUGGAAAAACGAUGCUGGGGCCGAGGACUGCUUCCAGUGCUGCCUAGCGGGAGGUGCGCGGUCGGCGGUGGGUCCUGCUGGGGCUCUCGCCGGCCCGGGAGCGGGGGAUCUGCCUCGCCGCCCUCGCCGGCGGAGCCCGAGCACUGCUGGGGCGCUCCGGGAAAGGGAUCGCGGCGUUACGCUGCCUGGAUGACAGCGCAGGCGACGAAAGCGGGCGAGUGAAUGGCAAGGCUGGCAGAGAGAAGCCGAGGUGUUUCUGGAGCCAAGAUGUCAGUGACUGUCAGCGAAGUCUGCUAAGGGAGAGACCUGUGCGUGCCUGCAUUUCCAGUUCCAGCCGGGGAGGUUAUAUUUUAGCCACGACUGAAAACAGCAGCGGCAGCAACAACAACAGAUUGCUCCCCCCUCUCGCUCCCUCCCCUUCGACCCUGCUUUAAACCCGAGCAAGCGACUGACCAUCCAGAUGAUGAUGCUCUUGCUGAGCCAGUGACAAAGAAAAGGCAAGUCACCCAUUCCUGAAACCAGGAUAACCCGCUGCUUGCAGGCAGGAGAUCUCUAGCUGCCGAACUUUUCUGUCCUGUGAUGAUGCUGUAGCGAGCCUGAAAGCCAUCUCUUCUGGAUUUCCGAGCUGGCCGGAUUGAAAGAGAUUAAUGGACUGAUCAAAGAGCCAUAGCUUUCAGGUCUCUUCAGGGGGGAUAUAUCCCUUCAGCCCCUGUUGCUUGGGUGCUUGUGGUGAGGGGAGCAGGACAUCUUUGUAUAGGUGGGUUGCUGGCUUGCUCCCGUUUGAGGUGGAAGGCUGUGUUUCUCCUCGCCAGGUCUCCUCCUCAGAGGAGAAGAGGCAGAUGAGACUCCAGGACUGCCUCCAGGGCAGAACUUUGUAGCGCUCUCAGCAUCCCUCUGCAGCGUGGAUGUGAGCCACAGGAGCUGGGGAUGUUUGAGGCAGUCUCUGCCAAGUGACACCUAGCAGCUGCUCGGGAGGUUUUUGCGUGGUCUCACGCUCAAGGGCUUUGCCUGUUGUGAAGAUGUCCAUGGUGUUUCUGUGAAGCUGAGGUAUGGCUGCUGGAAGGUUACUGCUGUAUGCUGGCCUCUCUUUAGCUCUGUGUGCCCUGGGCAUGCUGGCUGUGGCAAUCUGCUCUGACCAUUGGUAUGAAACUGAUGCCAGGAAGCACAGAGAGAGGUGCAAGAGCAUCACCACUAAAAGAAAUGAUCCUGGCUUCAUUUAUAACUCCAACAACAACCUGCCUCUCAGGGCCAGCAGGUCUAGGUUGGACCGCUGGGAAGGGAAACUCCUCUUGGCAAGAAACAGGAGGCAGAUCUUUGCUAUGAGUGCAGUCGACGAGUGCAACAGACAGUACAACUCAACCAACAUGGGGCUCUGGAGGAAAUGCCACCGACAAGGAUUCGACCAAGAGCUGGAGGAGCUGAUUGCCAAAGGAGCAAUUGAACGGUGCACAUACAUCAAGUACCACUACUCCUCAGCGACCAUUCCCAAGAACCUCACGUACAACAUCACCAAGACAAUCCGCCAGGAUGAGUGGCAUGCCUUGCAUUUGCGCAGGAUGACAGCUGGCUUCAUGGGCAUGGCGGUGGCCAUCAUCCUCUUUGGAUGGAUUAUCGGGGUGCUGGGGUGCUGUUGGGAUCGAGGCCUUAUGCAGUAUGUGGCGGGGCUUCUCUUCCUCAUGGGAGGAGCGGGGCUGGACACCUCUGAUCUUCCCCAUCCCCAGCCGAAGGACGAAGGGCAAAGAGCAGAACUGGAAGAUAACCCCUUGGUCGUCUCAGUUAUGAAAUUCAAAGCGGCCAUCACCCACGGUGAGGCCCUCACCUGGAGCUGGCUGCUCAGAGCGAAACCUGCAUUGGCCAUGACAGCAAAGCCCUCUGCCAGCGCUCAGCUUUUUACCAGGAAAUGAGCUGGUGGCCCAAGGGCAUGCCCAGCGGUGUGAGGGCUGUACUGCCAGCAGAUACAGUUGGAGAGAGGUCACAGAGUCUAAGAUUUGGGCCAUCAUCUCCCGCCAGUCCUCUCCCUGGAGACAACCCUUUCAGUCAAAGGUGGUGGUAGGUAUUAGGGGAGGUAUUAAACAGGAGAACUGGAGGCACUAGGGAUCUUGCUUUGGCUUUCACUAACUGUUCACAGCAAUGCUCAAAAUGUAUGCCAGGAACAUAAAGGGGAAAUAAACCCUGUCAUAAGGAGCACACGAUUUGGAAAAGCAAAGGCAGCCACAGGGUGAGAGAAGGAAAUAAAAUGCACAGGCGAAGCCUUCAUAGUGACAGUCGGCACUUGGAGGUGGCCAUAUAUGCUUGAAACUACUGUGCACAGAAGCUACUUAGUACUUCAGUGCCUUCGGCUGGCUAAAUAAACGUAUUUAAAUUAAAGUGAGUGCACACAUACAUGUACACGUGCAUACGCACACGCACCCUCAACUGGUAGGUAAAACACGAAACAAAACUGAAUAUUCUUUGCAGCAAGGCAGAUUUCAUCCUUUUGUGUUGUGCUUUCUUACAAGCUUCCUGCAAACCUGUCAGAGAAAAGGAGGCUGACAGUGAAACAAGUUGCUCUGUGAAUUGAACAAAGCCUCGACUUUUCAGUUUCACAUUUGGGGUGUCUCUGACAGGCUGCAGUUUCUGCUUCAUUUAACCUAGCUCGUUCCCUUUGGGAAUUCUCUACCCACCAUGUCUGCAGCAAGAAAUACCAUGUGCUGAGGUUCAUAAGGAGCUUUCAAACAGAACAGGUGACUGCUGAGUCCUCCCUUCCUUCCCUUCUGUCAGAUGGGGAUUCAUGCAUUACCUUGCACUUCCCGUCUCUACCCAGCUACUGAUACUCACAAUUAGAAAUCUAAAUAUUUUUCAGACUUCUAAUGCUCCAUCAAACUCGUUUGCAAGUUGAUGGGGACAGAUGGGCAGACAUGAAGUGACAGAAUCUUCAUUUCCUUAGGAAACCAGGCUAAAAAUAUCAUGUUCAGAGUUCAGCUUUUUCCAUGAAGAUGCACAGUUUCCCGGGAGGCCCAGCCAAGUCAGUGGACGCAGGUGGCAGCAGCACCUCUGUGUCCUGGGUGACACCUUUGCCCAUCACAGCUGUCAUUGCUGUUCCUGCCAAACGUGUUGGCUCUUCCCUUCAGCUGGGAGGCUCUGUGGUUGUUGAGAUCUUUGCUCUGGGUCUGAGCCCUGAAGAGAAGCCCACCAGGGAGGAAGAUAUAGAAGCAUUCACUGCCAGAGCAGAGAUCCACAUUGCCUGAGGUAGGGUCUGAAUGCUCCCAAGCUAAACCUGGCAACUUAAAACAUAUCUGCAGAGACUGGAAGAUGCCCUGAGGGAAGCUGUAUCUCAGGAUGGAGAAUCACCCACGCUUGCCUCUCACCUCUAGCUGCCACAGCACCAUCCUAACGGCCUUGCAGGAAACUGUGCAACCCACCUGCCUGCCUUGCUUUGCCCCCUAGUAAGCAGGGAUGGAGGCUAACAUCUGCAAGAGCUUAUUGUGAAGGCUACUAAGAUAGCGCUGCUACAAAUGCUGCCAGGUGGCACAGUCCCAGUCUGUACAAAACAGUCCCAGAGACACCUUUUGCCAUUUUGCCAGUAAAAACAAAUUAACUUUCACCAGCCUUGUGACGUCUCUGCAGAGCUAGGUCUGAGUCGAACAUUUAUUAGUAAUGUGCUCAUCUAUUCUUGAACAGAGUGUGCUCCUGUGGCCUGGGGGCUCGCAGGACUCGAUAACAGGGAUGCAGGCGGUUGUGCACCAGGUUCACUGCCUGGCGUGCAUGGGGAGAGGGGAGGAGG